AGAGAGAGAGAGAGAGAGAGAGAGAGAGAGAGAGAGAGAGAGUUUAAUUUGUCAGCAUGGGUGAGAACAUGUCAACUAAAGGGAAGCCAAUUAGAUGCAAAGCUGCUGUUAGUCGCGCACCAAAUGAGCCACUAGUGAUGGAGGAGAUCAUGGUGGCACCGCCAAUGCCUCGUGAGGUUCGGAUUAAAGUCAUAUGCAGCUCCCUAUGUCACACCGAUAUCGGUUUAUGGGUUUUGAAGGAUUUGCCUGGAAUAUAUCCAAGAGUUUUAGGUCACGAAGCUAUUGGGGUCGUGGAAAGUGUUGGGGAGGGUGUUCAUGAAGUAGCUGUAGGAGACACUGUCAUCCCUACAUUCGUCUCGGAUUGUGGUGAAUGUGAUGGUUGCAGAUCACAGAAGAGCAACAUUUGUACAAAAUUGCCUUUCAAAAUAACACCUUAUAUGCCUAGAUAUGAUCAGGGCACCAGAUUCACUAGCUUGAAUGGAGAGACUAUAUAUCACACUUUGUGUGUGUCCAGUUUUUCGGAGUACACAGUGGUAGAUGUUGCCCAUGUAACAAAAGUUGACCCCUCAAUCUCCCCAAGUAGGGCAUGCCUCCUCAGCUGUGGAAUAUCAACAGGGGUUGGUGCUGCUUGGAAAAUCGCAAAUGUGGAAGAAGGAUCAACUGUUGUUAUAUUUGGGUUGGGGUCCAUUGGAAUAGCUGUUGCAGAAGGAGCUAGACUCCGUGGCGCUGCUAGAAUUAUUGGUGUGGAUCUUAACUCAAAAAAAUUUGAAAUGGGGAAAAUGUUCGGAGUCACAGACUUCGUCAAUGGAGGAGAGUGUGGAGACAAAUCUGUGAGCCAGGUGAUCAAUGAGAUGACUGGUGGGGGUGCAGACUAUUGCUUUGAAUGCAUUGGAUUGCCAUCGAUGGUGCAUGAAGCAUAUUCCUGUUGCAGAAAUGGUUGGGGAAAAACUGUAAUAAUAGGAGUGGCCAAACCAGGAUCAGAAUUGGGCCUUAAGUAUCACGAUAUCCUUGAUUGCGGGGGCAAAAGCAUCAUGGGAUGCAUCUUUGGAGGAGUUAAAGCUAAAACUGAUAUUCCCAUCCUCCUUCAACGUUACUUGAACAAGGAACUGCGGUUGGAUCAAUUUGUCACACAUGAGAUACAGUUCGAUGACAUCAACAAAGCUUUCGAUUUACUUCUUACGGGAGAGUCUCUCCGUUGUGUGAUUUGGAUGGACAAAUGAGUUCAACUUCACAAGCGACCUAUUUGUCUUCAUGCAUUUGGAUGUGUUCAAUUUGAUCAUGACUUGAGUUCUCUCAAAAGCAAACUUGAUUAUAAGUCUUUCAAAUGUGUCUUUGUUGUGUUUUAUUUGCGCAUGUACCUAUUCAAUUCUUAAAUUACCAAAAUUAUAUAAGUGUCUAUUUAUUUGCCAAAGACCUUGAAA